AUGGGCAUGUACGGCGGUGGUGGUGGCGGUGGUGGUGGUGCAGUGGGCUACGGCGUGUACGGCUCCGGUGCGGCGGGGCUCGGCUUGGCUUUAGGUGAUGGCUACGGGGUCGCCACGGGGCAAGGAGGCCUCUCGCUACAGACGGGGCUCGGCGCGUCUCGGGGCUACGCCGUAGGCUACGGAGGCGGACUGGGUCUGGGUCUGGCUGCCGGGGGAGGUGGUGGGGCGCUCAUGCCGUACGGGAGCCCCGCGUUCGCCGCCGGGCGCUCGAUGCUGUCGGGAGGACUGGCCGGGGGGCAUCCGCCGCAGUCGCUCGCCGCCAUGCCGCCUCUGGCCACGCGAAACGUGCACAAGGCCACGCUGCAGGGACUCAACCAGCGCUUCACGGGCUACGUGGAGAAGGUGCGUCUCCUGCAGCGCGAGAACGCAGCGCUGGAGGCGCAGCUGCAGGUGCUGGCGGGGGGCGCGCCCAUUUCCGCCGACGGGGACCUCGCGGUCGACUACGAGGAGCGAGUGGCCGAGCUGCGCACCUCGCUCGAGACGCUCGCCACGGAGACCGCGAGCCUCGAGGUGGAGGCGGACAACGUGCGCGCCACCGCAGAGGAGCUCCGAGCCAAGUACGACUUCGAGACGGGCAUUCAUUACCAGCUGCAGUCGGACAUCACCCUCAUGAAGAAGGACAUCGAGUUUGCGACCGAUUCCAAGGUCACCCUGGCCACCAAGAUUACCUCCCUCACGGAAGAGCUCGCGUUCCUCAAGAUGAAUUACGAGGAGGAGAUGGCGACUUACCACGUCCGGCUGGGCACCACCGAGUCGACGUCGGCCGUCAUCGAGGUGGACACGGUCCGCUCGGUCGACGUCACCACGGCGCUCUCCAAGAUCCGCGACGAGUACGAGGAGGUGGCGCGCAAGCACCGCGCGGAGGCCGAGGCGCACUACACCAGCACGAUGGAGCGAAUCCAAGAGUCCACGGCGCAAACGACGGCGGCCAUCACGGAGCUCAAGACGGAGCUGAGCACGGUGCAGAAGGACGUGCAGAGCCACUACUCGGAGCUGCAGACCACCCUGUCCGAGAGCUACUCCCUGGAGCAGACAGUGGCGAUGCACUCGGCCCGCAGCAGCACCAGCGUGGCGAGCUACCAGACGACCUUUGCCAGCCUCGAGGUGGCCAUCGCCACCGCCAAGUCGGACCUGCAGCGCCAGCUCGUGGCCUACCAGGCGCUUGUGGACGUCAAGCUGGUGCUGGACGCGGAGAUCGCCACCUACAAGCGUCUGCUGGAGGGCGAGGAGGACAUGUGGGCGACGCACGCACGCACACACGCGCGCGUGACCCCGCGCGUGACCCCGCGCUUGAACCUGUGCGACCCCGCUUGA